CGUAAAGAGAAGGACAGGGGGACAUUGAAAUGGCGACAGCACAGGCGAGUCAAGUGGACGGAGCAGAGGCUUCUGGUGAGGGCGCAGCACAAGCCCCGCAGGACCGGAAAAGAGCUCGCGCUAGAGAGUACCUGGACUGCAACUUCAGAGAUGCAGAAGGGGUUGACUGUGAAUGCCCGUCCUUCUGUCAGCAGCAGGAAGGAUUGGAGUGCUCAUCCUGCAAGCACAAGCGGGGCUUCCAUGCAGCAGAUGAAGGUCUUCCAGAGCACGGCGUAACGAAAUGCCUGCACAGUAACUGCCGCUGCCUUGAAUACGACAAAGAGCCGGGAGGCCCCUCUGUGUGCGUUAACUGCAGGCACUCCAUACGAAAGCACACGAAGGUGUUGUUCUGGGUCAUGGGCUUUGGGACCAAGAUGCACUUCAGGCACGGGACGUCGCGCAACCAGGUUCGCCGCGCAUUCGAGUGCGCUGGUCACAGGCCUGACCUGGAGCUGCUGGCAUUUGAAGACGGGACCCUUGUUCCUGUUGGGGAAGACUUGACUGGCGGCUACACGUACACGCUACAAGGAGGUCCGGUCUUCUCCGGGCAGCCCCCCAUGAUGCACACCCCGUCAUCAUUCCUUCGACGCAUGUCGCAAAUGGGGCGGCCAGAAGAGUUGGCCACACUCAUCCCGGACGCGUGGCGGGAGAAGGUUGACAGGUUUCUGGAGCGAGUCCGGUCAGCGGAGAGCCGGGAGCACCUGAACAGCCUGCCUCUGACGGAGCUUAAAAACGAGGGGAACCACGGUCUGAAGACCGCGGCGUACGAACGGCUCAAGGAAAUCCUGGAGCAUCUCAUGACAUACCUUCCAGUCGGUUUCCCUCCCCUCCUCUUAAAGCGAGAACCCACUCUGGCCCUGGGAAUCAGCGUUCAAGGCAAUAGGACGAUGGAGGGUCGCAUUGACCUGGUCGCACUCGACCCAGACUGGGAACUGGCCCGCAGCUGGAAGUCCGCUCUGACGUGGGCGGAGAUGAAGGGCACGUCCAAAGGCCCCCAGCCGGCAGAGAAGGACUACACGGCCCAGAAUCUCAGCAGAGGGGGCUCUGUCUUCUGCGCUCGGCGGGAUUCGGGAGAGGGGGGGACUCAGGAGUUGCUCUGUAUAGGCACAGACUCACGGAAUGCAAGCUUCCUGCGCUACAGCAUGCACCUAGCGCAGGAGCUGAGCAGGGGUUACUGGGAAAAGACGAAGCUCUACAAGUUGUUUGGAGACGACGGGGUUCUCAUGGUCAACGGGGAGGGCUGCCGCGAGCUCCUGUACGUGCUGCUUCGCACCUCGGAGGUCAUGAAGUGCAGGGAGGAGCAGAGGUUGCAGCUGGCAGCAGCUGCCGAGCCACAGGACUGGGAGCCCGGGAGGGAUGGAGAGGGGGAGCGCGUCCCAGGGGCGCUGCGCAUUGCUGCGCGGGAUGUGGCGACAGGAAGUCUGUCGGGGGGCGCGGGCGGAGUUUGCUUGGCAGGCGCCGAGGCUGCGGAAGUCUCGAGUGGGGCGAGGCGCAUGACUGAGGUGGCCAUCACCGGGGUUUUCGAUGUGGGCGGUGCCUUGGCUGAGGCAUUCAGGGGCUUGGUGGUUGCCCCAGUGUUCACCAGCGGGGACCUGGCUGUGGUGCGAGACGACCAGGGGGGAGUGCAGACCUUCCAGGUGGAUGGGCCCCCGCUGUCCCAGAGCUCGCGCGGCGCGGUGUACGCAGUGCGGUCUCUUGAUGCACCGGGCACCCCGGCUGCGAUCCUGCGGCACGGCCAGUGGACCGAGGGGGGCAGCAUGUUUGUGGAGGCGCACACGGUUGCGCUGGAGCGGCUGCAGGGUGUGCAUGGGCACCCCAGGGUCAUUUGCAAGGGGGUCGUGGACCAGCCAGGAGGCGGUGAGGGAGGUCGGGCCACGGCGCUGGCGGUGGUUGAGUCGCAUGAGGGGACCAGCGUGCAGCCGGGCUCCUUGGACAAGUACGGUGUCAGCCAGCUGGGGGCGAGCCUCUGCGCCCAGCUCGCAGUGCAGUCACAGUGCGGGAUCCUGCAGCGUGACCUCACCCUGGACAACGUCCUGGUGCGCGCGAAACGGUCGCCCAGGCCCCCCCGGUCUCCCAACCCCCUCCUGCGCAGCGUCUCUGUGGCUGACUCUGCCCAAACUUCGCGGAGCAGCGAUGAGGGGUUCUUGAGCCUGCACUCCCUCUCUUCGUCCGGAGCGUCCAGCGGGGUUUGUUCACCGACCAGGCCCCGUCAGACCCACCCCUCUCCCUCGCCUACCAGCCCCCUGCAGACAACCCCGGCACCUCGCCCCGAUUUGAGCAACGAGUUUGAAGGGCUGACCUUCACGAACUGCGACUUCGACCUGGCGGGGGUGGUCGGGGUGACCGAGCGGUUUGGUUUCCGGUACACAAACACCCCUAUCGUCAAGAACAGCUACUUUCAGCCGCAUGCUCUCUUCGUCGAGUACCUCACCGCCGGGGAUGUGGCGCUCACGCUGGCGCUUGUGAUGGCCACCGCUUAUAGUGGCAUGGGGGCUCUUCCUUGGGCGGACAAGGCGGCGGCAGCAGACGAGCACGCCGUGCAUGCGGAGCUGCAGAGAGCGCUGACGGAUCCAUGGCAGCUCUUCGGCCUAGGGGAGGUGCACCCCCUGGUCGGACAGUUUGUACGCGAGGCCAAGGCGGCCGUGCAGUCGGACGCGCACUGGGAGAGGUGGAGCGCCAGCCUGCAGAAGGCGGCGGACGAGCUCAGCAUCCAGCGGGCGAGCCCAGGAAAGGGCAGCCGGUCACCCUCGCCGAGGAAGCAGGUCGAAGGUCGGCCACUCUGAUCGGUUGCGCAAUUUGGUCUACCUUGAGUCAUCAAUGCUCAGCUUUGUUCGUGCAAGAUCAAUCAGUGACGUAUUAGCUGCCUCUAUGGCUGAGCGAUAUGGGACUCUCAAAAAGCGAUAAAUUGAAAUUGUUUGUUAGGGCUAUCUGGUCUGCAUGGCUUGACCCAUGAGUUCAUAGCUUUGGAAUCAAGUGUGACGCAAAUCAUGCAACACAUUGAAAGCUUU